AUGCUGGGAUCCCGGGUGCAGCCUCCGACGCCUGUCCCGUCGUCGGACCACGACGUGCCGUCGUCUCCGAGUGGUCUGUAUGCAAAGCAUGCGAGCUACAUGUCGCGCCCCGCGAUGGCGACGCCUCCGCCGUCGUCGCCGACGCGCGACCACCCAUUCUCCCUUUUUGCCGAGGCGCUCGAGCACGCGGUGCCCCGCGGCGUGUCGCCGACGAAGCGCGCCGCCCCUGUUGUACGCCGUGAGAUUGUGGUCGAAAAUGACCCUGCAGUCGGCAUCCGCGCAAACGCGCGCGGAAUCGACGCGCUCCAAGCCAACUAUACGCAUACGCUGGUCAUUGGCCGUGCCAAGGUCCUGGACCGCGCGGCAGCGGUCGCUGCAAGCCCUGCAUUUAUGGGCUCGCAGCCGGCCGUGAAUGUGUGUUUGCCGGGCACUGCGAAGCAUGUCAGUCGUGUGCACGCGCUUGUGCGUUGGGUGCCGUUUACGAGUGCGGUCGAGACGGCCCCGCAUGGCAUGGCCGGCACGUUUGUCUUGCGCAUUGUCGGCCAGAAUGGUCUGGUAGUCAAUGGCAAGCGGUACCGCGCGGGCCAUGUGCUGCGUCUCGAGCCGGGCCGCACGCUCCUCGACUUCUUCGGCGUGCGUCUGCGCUUUGUGGUGGAGAGCGUGGCUCGUGCGGCGCCGAAGCCGGCGCUCCCUGCGCCGUCGGCGGUGUCACCGACGAAGGAAUACGCGAUGCCGACGGGCAUUCCGCCCAGCUCGCCUGCAAGGAUGGAGCGUGCCAUGUCGGUCGAUGACAGCGAGCCGGACAGCCCCACGCGCCCUGUGCAGCGUCCAGUGGUGCGCGCCGAGCCGAAGCCUGUGCCAGCUGCCAGGCCGCUUGGCGAGGUGCAGAAUGUGCUUGCGCGCGAGCCGAAGCGCGCCGACAAACGCGACAAGGUCUCGAAGCCGGUUGAGAAGAAGGCUGAGCUGGAGGCCAAGGCAGCUGAGAAGGCGAGCAAGGCUGUUGAGAAGCCUGCCGAAAAGGCCAAGGUCGUUGAGAAGGCGGCUGAGAAGGCGACCAAGCCUGUCGAGAAGCCUGUUGAGGAGCUCGUCGAGAAGCCUGUCGAGAAGCCCGUUGAAAGGCUUGUCGAAAGGCCCGCCGAAAAGCUCGCCGGAAAGCCCAUCAACGUCCCUGUGCCUGCGGACCUCGAUACGCCCGAGCCCAAGCGCGCCGAGACACCCCCGACGGACCAUGCGCGGAUGCUUGUCGACCGUCUGGCCCCCACGUAUGACCUUGCUGGCCUGCUUGCCGGUGCUAUUGUCUUCCACCGCACGGCGACGAUCUCGACGAGCGAGGCCGUGCGCUCUGUCCUCUCCUCGAACCCCGGCAUGAUGCGUGGCGAGGCCGGCGCGCGUGCGCUUGCCUUUUCGCCGUCCAAGCGGCGUCUCCCCCAUGCCGGCGAUACCAGCUCUCUCCCCGAGCACGGCCAGGUAAUUGGCGGGUGGGAGACCGAUGCGCGCUGGCAGCUUGUUGCGCGCCGUGCGUGGCAUGAGCGCCUGGAGGAGGAGCUGCAGCGUGAGCCGAUGUUUGGCGUGAUCCAGCGCCCCGGCAAAGACACGAGCGGCAACCCCCUCGAGUGCUGGUACCACUACGACAAAGAGAACGACCCCGACGUGGAGCGCGCGCAGAACCUCGGCGCGUUUGUGAAGCCCAUGCGCAACGUUGUGCGCAGCCAGAAGCCCAUCUUUUGGAAGAAGAGCGAAUACGGCCGUGCGACGAGCGGUGUGGGCCAGGACGGCGGCAUGGAUGACAAGCUGCCCUACUCCCCUCGGUCGAACUACGACGAGGGCGAGGAGAGCGACACGCGGCGCAAGCGCAGCCGCAAGGCGGAUACUGGCCCGGCCGCUCUGGAGGAGCCCGAACAGACCUGGGACAAGCAAGGCGACCUGGAGUGGCACGGUGCGCGUGUCGCCCGGGGCAAGUCGCGGUCCUCGACGCCGUCGGCGCACAAGAAAAGUAAGUUGGCAUAG